AUGCAGCACCAGCAGCACCAACUCGACAACAAGGAGAACAUCAUGCUCUACACGAACGACCUGUGCCGCCUGGCGUCGAAGGCUCGCCUGCGCGGCCUCCACAAGGACGAUAUCGCUCGGCUCCAGGCGGACAUCGAGGCCAUCAAGCAUCUCGCCACCGGGACCAUUUCAACUUCCUGCCCGCCGCCGUCGUCGCCCUUGUCUUCCUUCAGCACCUCGGCGUCGCAGCCUGCAUCGCCCUGGGCCUGCUCCACCCUGUCGUCUCCUUCACCAUCUCCACCGGCCAGCAGCACGAGCGGCUUCCUGUCCUCUACGCUCUCGGCCCUGUCGACCAACGUCACACUUCCCCUCGAGCACCAGGGUUGCGCUGUAGCCGACCUGCACAAGGUCGUAGGCGAGGGGCCGAAGCGCAGGAACCGAGGCAAGAACCUGCCCAAGGACAUCAAGCGUGCGUGCGCCAUCUGCAAGGCCGAGAAGACCAGCCAGUGGCGCUCUGGCGCUGACGGCCGCCCCACCAUGAAGCAGCACCGCCAGUACCUCGCCCGCCAGCAGCUUGACUCCUCUGCUGGUCCCUUGGAAGUGGCCUCCACCAGCGAGGCAGUCGUGGAUUCGCAGCAGCGCGGUGGUUCUAUCGGCGGCAACGGCGAACUGUUGGCACGCCUCCGCGAGCUGCAGGCGCGGUACCAGGACCAACACGAGCAGCAGCAACAUCACCUAAGCAAGGUCGACUCGUCUGACACCAUCGACGGAAGCGACGACGUAUUCGACCCGGCCUCGCCUUCGUCGUGUUCGGUAGACGUCAUGCCACGGCGCUCGAGCAUCUACUCACUGCUCAACUGA